AUGGCGAAAAAGGUGAUUGCUUCCUUCGUGAACCAUGUGUUCACGUUCGGCCCCAUCUAUAGCUUUGGUGUGUUCUUGCCGAUCAUGAAGGCAGACUUGGGCAUUUCUCUCACAGAGGCGUCUGCCAUUAGCAGCACGAUGAACACCGCACAGUUCGUUGGCUCACUACUAGCAGGUCUAGUGAUACCGCAGCGGUUGGGGCAUGCUUCGGUGGCUUUCUUCGGUGCUGUGGCAGUGCUGAUAGGCCUUGCUCUACUGUCCAUGGUUGAGAGUGUCUAUCAUGCUUAUCCUGCGGUGAUUUUGGCAGGCCUGGGGCUCGGUUCCUCCAAUCUGGCGGGGCUGGUGGCCUUGAAUGCGACGGUGCCACCGAGGAAGCGCGCAAUGUUGGUUGGAUUUGCCACCUGUGGCACAAGUGUGGGCACCAUCCUGCUGCCACAGUUCUACACAUUACUUUCAGAAUCUCUUGGUUGGCGAUGGGCAAUGCGUAUCAACGCCAUUACCUCCUUUCUUUUCUUGCUGAUGGCUGCGCCGUUUUUCUUCGUUGCAAAGGCAGCAACACCUGCACGGACACAGGACGUGGCCGUCCCUCAGAAGUGCUGUAGCCCUCUGCGGGACUUGCGAUUCGUUUGCUGGUGGAUCGACAUGUUUGUGUGCUUCUUCGGUUACUUUGCACCACCGACAUUGCUGGCAGACUUCGUUCAAACUGAGCUGCAACUGUCUGCACGGGAGGCGGCCAUGGCCUACACGUUGAUUGGCGUCAGCGCUCUCGCAACGAGACUUUGCCUGGGAUUUGUCACUCAUUUGUGUGGAGGCCCCAGACGUGUUCAUUUUGCUUCACAAGUUCUGGUCGGUGCUAUUGCCUGUUGUUUGCCGUUAUGUUGGAAUGCAGAGUCCUUGCUUGCUUGGAGCGUUCUCUAUGGUUUCAGCAUCGGCCCAGUGAUUGCCCUCGUAAGCGUUGUGCUGAGCGAACUGUUUGGCACGCAGGAGUUGGCUCGCUACCAUGGUAUCUCACGUGUGGGUGUGGGAGCCGGCAACUUGCUUGGGGUGCCGGUCACAGGCUGGCUCGCUGAGACUCAGGGCUACGCCCUUGCACUAGUCUCUGGAGGCUGCCUGGUGAGCUUUAGCAGCAUUUUCCUGAUCGCUCUAGAGGUUCUCCACAGGAAGCGCAAGCAGAAAGCUCAAGCUGGGGCUCAGGUCAACGAAGCAAGCUGCUGA